ACAUGUUUUUGUUUAGGAAUGGGUUAGCGAGUGUCGCUUCCUGCGCUCAUAUGUAGGUGGGGUGUGCCCUCGGGGCGAGCACACCCCCAUUGCCUGUGUCAGAGUAUUUCAGCAAAGAGAGAGCAGCAUUUUGGAGAUAGUCACACAGUGGUCCACAGUUGAACAAGUUCAGACAAACUGGUGGACUAUACGUUUCAGCAAUCUUUUAUUCUUUCUAUAUACCGCCAUUCUCAUGUGGAUCUAAAUCCUAGACGUCUGCCUAUUUCCACAGUUUGAACCAGUGGAUAUUUUGCGCACAUAUUUCGCAAAGUGGAAAAAUGCCUCGGUCUUUCUUGGUAAAAAAGUAUUUCGCCAACAAAAAACCCAACUACAGUGAAUUGGAGUGUCAAAAUGCCACCUCACUGGAGAGGUACCCACUAGCUGAGCUUCCAGCAGGGGACAACAACUCAGCUACCACCUGUUACACAGCGGGACUGGUAUGGGACGUGAGCUUCCUUCCAGCUCUCUACGUCCCCACAUUCCCCACUGAUGCCUCUCCCACCCCCGGUCCCCUGGACCUCAGCUCCCCCUCCAGCCUCAGCAGCAGUGCCAGUAGCAGUGGGGAGGAGGACGAGGGGCGCACCUCUGACCCCCCCAGCCCCGAAUCCACAGACACCUACCACCCCCCUCAGCGCCCCAAACGCAUCAGCACCAAGAGUCAUGGGGCCCCAAACGAGGAUGAGAGAGUGGCCCCAGUCACUGCUGCAAGGCCAGCCUUCUUCUGCAAGCACUGCCCUAAAGAGUACACCAGCCUGGGGGCUCUGAAGAUGCACAUUCGCUCACACACGCUACCCUGUGUCUGCCCCACCUGCGGGAAAGCCUUCUCCAGGCCCUGGCUGCUGCGCGGCCACAUUCGCACACACACUGGUGAACGCCCGUUCUCCUGCCAACACUGUAACCGUGCCUUUGCUGACCGCUCCAACCUGCGGGCGCACCUGCAGACUCACGCUGAGGUGAAGAAGUACCAAUGUGGCGUGUGUUCCCGUACCUUCAGCCGCAUGUCCCUCCUCCAGAAACACAGUGCAGCCAGCUGCUGCUCCUCCACAGCGUGAGCAGGAAUGAGCCAGGCAGUUUUCCGGGACCUCAGGGCGGUGGGGGCAUCUACAGACCCAUACCAUAAGCAAGACUAGAGGAGCCUGAACCAAUCUGCCAACAGAGACCAUAGAUCCACCAUUUACUAGUAGAAGAGGAAGUUGACCCUGACUAUUCUCUUUGAAUGCAACUUCCAUAGCCAUCUCAGUUUCUCUGUUUCAAUCACAUUUAAGGAACUCCUCAGAUUUUCAAACUCCUCCCAUUGCAAGUCAAAUCUGGUAGAUGUUAUGAACUCUGUAAUCCUGCCAUUCUUCCAAUCCCAAUAUUGUUUUUUCUCAUACAGAAUGUAGACUCAUGGGGGUUAGUGUGACCGUGUACUUUUGAGUCUAGCCCAGCCUCGGUGUUGGCCAAGCCAGCUCCGGAUCAUCAUGGCCUAGACACAGACACAGCUGCUGAGAGAUGUAAAGGUGCGUGGGUGGGAUACAUCUCUCAGCAUGACAUACACACACAGCUGUCGCUGGUAGAGUGGUGUAGAUAGACAGGGUGCUAACAGGUGCUAACAGGUGCUCUGGCCCUGACCUCUACUGGGCCGAUAACAGGUGACUUCCACCGCCCCUAGAAAGAGGAAGUAUGUCAUCGUCACAAAGAGGAUGGAGUCCAUUGGUCCCUUUGUAUGCUUUUGUCUCCAGUGGGUUUGUCUUAAGCCGUUAUUUUGACCACACCAAGCCCCACUGUAAUCUGAUGUGUUUCCCGAAAUAGGAUAAAGCCAUUUGUUUCUGUCGUCAUUCCUCAUGGUAGCUUUGCUCCUUCAAUGUUGUUUAAAUUCCUGAAAGCCAUGCACUCCAGGUUACCACAGUGUUAAAUAUUCCCAUUGUUCUCGACAAUGGUAGAGAGAACCACCAUUUUUGUAAGAUAUAAACUUGUUGUAUGAAAUCUAUUAUUUUAAACCAAAGAUGUGCCGUGCCUUCUUACCUCAACUGGUAGUAGUUUUUUAAAUGUUGACUAAGUGUAUUAAUAUUAUGCAUCAAACACUCAGAACUGGGGGAAGAAGGGGCCAAAUAAAAUGUCUCAUAGAAGCACGGUUUCACAGCCCUGGCUAUACAGAGAUGGAUAAAAAAAAUCCUAAGCCUUAUAUGGUGGUGUUUUACAGUGCAAUGUUCAGAUUGUAUGUAGUCUUAUUUCAAUGUUUUACUGUGUUUGUUUGUCUUUCACUUCUAUUUCAAAUAUUUCAUAGCUGAUGGAUUUACAUUCAAUAAAGUAAUUUAUGUUAAAAAAAA